CUGACAGGGCGACCUCCCCUGCGCAGCGCCUGGACAGAAUGAGGCAUGAGGUGUCCUCUGGACGCCGGACCCGGCCACAGCCCUGCCUGGAAGAGGCUACUUCUAACAGGCAUCCUGAUCGCCUCCUGCACCUGUUCUGCCUCCUUGGCGCUGCCCGCCCCCGCGUCUCCAGACCCCUUGACCGAAGGAGCCAGUGCCCGCCUGCCUGUCCCCGGAAGCCUGAAUGGUGUUCUCUCCACUUCUUGGUUCCAAGGGCACAAGGCCCGGCCAGAAACCAUGAUCUUCUCCCCUGAGGGCUUCCCAGGGCCCAACCACAUCGGCCAGGAGAUACUGGACACCCAAAGCAGCCUGAUCAUUGGAAAUGCAACAGCUCAAGACACAGUGCCGGAAACCAGCAAAGGACGCAGGAGUGCGACAGAGCAGAUACUUGGCCAGGCCAGCUCCAACGGAGUGAUGCUGCUGACAUUCCCCUAUGUCUUCGAGGGCGUUAUCCAGAGUGACCUCAACUACUCAGUGAUCCUGGAGUGCCUGGCUUCUUCUAUCACCCCCAAACCUGUGCUGCACUGGACCUUCAACGGGGAGCCCUACAAGAUUGGGGCUAUGCUGAUCAUCCGGAGGUUGUCCCUGGAACAUCUGGGCACCUACGUGUGCACAGCCAAGAACAGCCAGGGACAGUCCUCCUAUCCUGUGACCCUCUCGCUGCCACAAGACAAUGUGGAUCCCACAGACGCUGAGCCCAUUGAGCCAGACCCCAUUCUCACUGUGUCAGGAGAAGCUGCUAUCGGCCUCCUCGUCGCUGGAAGUAUAGGGGCCGUGAUGCUGAUAGGAGGCAGCUUUGCCAUCAUCCAGAGCAUAAGGACUAACAGACAAAGAAUACAGAUAUGCUGCUGAAGUGGGCACUUGUCUGUCAGCCUCAGAGGUAAUGCUGGGAAGGGCAGCAAGAGAAUCCUGGGGCUGGGACAAGAUGAAGUUCCUGGGGGCUCCAGAUGAGACCUCCUCCUUCCUGAUCAUUUGUCUUUGGGAUGUUCUCAUCUUGCAGAGAGUCCCAGAGACUGCCUUUCUCUCCCUCUCGCCAGCCGCCAGUGUCCCAUCUGCCCAGCUCACCAAAUCCCUGGAAACCACCUACACAAGCAGUCCAUAUUUCAUAAAAUUUGCAGGCUGAGAGCAAAGGAUACUCACUUAAGUGGGUCGAUAAAAACAAAAGGAGGAAUUUAAUACAAGGAUCCAGGAAGACUUCCAAAACUCCAAGGGUGUAUCAGUUAGCACCCUCUGUGUAACAAACUAUCCCCCACCAAAUUUAAUGGCUUGAAAAGACAGCCAUGGAUUUAGCUUACAAUUCUGCAGGGUUUUCAGUUUGGGCUGGGCUCAGCUGGGCCAUUCUUCUGGUCUCUGCUGGGCCCACUCAUGCACCUGUGAUGAGUUGGCAGUUACCCAGGGACUGUCUGGACUAAGACAGUUGUCUGGAACAAUUAACCUGUCCUCCACAUCAUCUAUCAUUCUGUAGCAGGCCGACCCAAGCUUGUUCACAUGACAGAGGCAGGAUUCCAGGAGUGAGAGCAGAGGGGCAAUGCCUUUUAGGGCCAAUGUUAAGAAUGGCACAUCAUCAUUUCUGGGGCACCUGGGUGGCUCAGUUGAUUGAGCAGCUGCCUUCAGCUCAGGUCAUGAUCCCGGGGUCCUGGGAUCAAGCCCCAUGUUGGUGGGUG